AUGUCGCUCUUCCCCUCAGCAUUCGACGCUGGCCUGCCUGGACCCUCCAAGACGGCCAGUCUUGGUAACCCCACGGGGGCCAGCAAGCGCAAGCGCGCCAGCCUCGGCGGCAAGGAGGACCAGCUCCGGUCGACCACGGCCAACCUCUCCAAGCUCAUGGACAAGCUCGACCGCGGCGAGAUCAAGGAGAAGAUUGGCCGCGAGAGUCUCGGCCAGAUGGGCAAGAAGAGGAAGAGCGCGUUUGACGACGAGCCCGCGCCCUCGCCAAGGGGCAAGCAGGGCAAGCAGCAGCACGCCGGCGGCAAGGGCGGCAAGCCUCAACAGAACCAGCCCAAGAAGCAGCAGCAGCAGCAGCAGAACCAGCCAAAGUCGACACCGACAAAGGGCAAGCAGGCUGAGGGUGGCAAGGGCAAGGACAAUAAGUCCAAGUCCAAGUCCAAGGGCGACCGCCCGGCUCCCGUCGAGCUGCCCAUGCCCGAGAUCCCGACUGCCGAAGUCUCAGACGCCGGACUGACCGACAUGCAGCGCCAGAUGCGCUCCAAGCUCGAGGGCGCCCGCUUCCGCUGGAUCAACGAGCAGCUGUACUCGACUCCCUCGACCGACGCCGUGGCCAUGAUGAAGAAGGACCCCAAGAUCUUUGCCGACUACCACAACACGCACCGCCAGCUCACGGCCGGCUGGCCUUCGCCUCCUCUCCCGCACAUUGUCUCCCUCCUCGCCCCGCUCCCCCGCGGCACCGUCAUCGCCGACCUGGGCUGUGGUGACGCCGGCCUCGCUCGCGCGCUCGUGCCGCAGGGCAAGGUUGUGCUCUCGUACGACCUCGUCGGCGACUCGGGCGUGGGUGGCGAGGACGCGGCGGUUGUCGGAUCGGGCGGUGCCGCCGGUACCGCUGGUGAGGGAUGGGUCGUCGAGGCCGAUUUCCUCUCGCGCGUCCCUCUGCCCGGCCGGCCCGGUGGAGUGGAGCACACGGUCGAGGAGAGCAAGUGGGCCAAGAAGGAGAGCAAGAAGGGUCGCAGCCACGCGGCGGAGAUUGUCGAUGUCGUCGUCUGCUGUCUCUCGCUCAUGGGCACCAACUGGGUUGGAGGCGUGUACGAGGCCGUCCGCGUGUUGAAGCACGGCGGUACAUUCCACAUUGCCGAGGUCACGUCCCGCUUUGUGAACACCGAGGCCUUUGUGCGCACCGUCGCCUCGUUUGGCCUCACUCUCGAGAGCCAGGAGGAGCCCAGCACCCACUUUACCUUGUUCCGUUUCGUCAAGCGCGCCACAGUGCCGCAGGGCCCUGCCCGUGGUGAGCCUGGAUGGGACGAGCGUAUCGCCGAGGGCGAGAGCAUCCUCCGUGCGUGCGUGUACAAGAAGAGGUAG